UAUUUUGUUUUAUGUGCGCAGGAGAAUGUCAUGGUUGUGUAUUGAAGCUGUCCAGCGGGCAGUUUUAAUUAUAUUAUUAAAUAAUUAUUAUGCUUGAAUAAAAUAAUAACAUAAACAGCAGUUUGUUUUAAAAAUGAACUGUCCACAUAUUAUUGGAAGUGUGAAGGUAAACCGAGACCUGUUAUCUGGCAGGAAUGGUACAACAAAGAAUUGGAAUUGCUUAGAAUGUAAGAGUUCUGGUCAAAAUUGGUUGUGUCUUUAUUGUGGAGUCGUUUUAUGUGGCCGUUAUAAUAAUCAACAUGCCAAGAAGCAUGCGGAGUCAAACUCAAACCAUGAUCUUUGUAUGCAAUGUGAAAUCUUCUCUGUAUUUUGCUAUCAAUGUGAUGAUUAUGUGUGUGCAGAACAAAAUGAAUAUCUCAUAGAAAAUGUACGUCAGCUUCUACAUGAGUAUAAUUCAGUCGAGAGUACAAAUGAGAUUAGCCCCAAUGCUAGUGUAUCUGAUAUACUUGAAGAAAAUAUCCAUAGCUCAAAAAACGAUUUAGAUGAACCUGUCCGAAAUUUAAGACCUCGUGCAAGAAAAAGAUCAGCCUCUACUGAUACAAGUUCAGUAGAAAAUGAAACUCAAAAUGUGAAGAAAACAAAUAAAAGUAGAGAGAAGAAAGUUGUUGGAUUACGAAAUUUAGGAAAUACAUGUUUUAUGAAUGCAGUUUUGCAGUCUCUCAGUAACAUACAAGAAUUUAGUUGCUAUUUCAAUAGCUUACCUUCAUUGGAAAAUAAGAAUAAUGGAAGAAGAAUUUAUCAUUCUAGAAGCUAUAAAGAGUUUAAUGACAUUCAUUUGGUAGAAGAACUGAGAAAGGUACUUAUAAAUCUAAGUCAAGGUGGCUGUGGUUCCAAAGGCACAGCUAUUUCUCCUGAAUGCUUAUUUCUUGUGAUAUGGAAGGUUGUUCCCCGUUUUCGAGGAUAUCAACAACAGGAUGCACAUGAGUUUUUACGAUAUGUAUUGGACCGAUUACAUACUGAGUUACAACAAUUAUUGCCUGAUGUAAAUCUUAAAGAAGGCACUUAUAUCUCUAGUAUGAAAGGUCGUAAUAGUAUUGUGACAACAGUUUUUGGUGGCACUCUACAGAGUGAGGUCAAAUGUCUCCAAUGUGGCACUCAAAGUAAAAAACAUGAUCCAUUUUUGGAUUUAUCACUUGAUAUUCCUGAUAGAUUCUCUGAUAAAAAGAAUAAAGAAGAGAAUGAUGAACCAAUGUGCAAUAUUUCAGACUGUUUAACCAGUUUUACAGAGGUAGAAGAAUUAGCUGAAACUGAGUUGUAUUACUGCAGUUCAUGUAAAAGCAAGCAAAGGUCUACCAAGCAGUUUUGGAUCAGAAGAUUGCCUAAUGUUCUUUGCUUGCAUAUAAAAAGAUUCAGGUGGAAUAAUUUCUUUAGAACCAAGAUUGAUGUCAAUAUAUCUUUUCCCAUAACGUCACUUGACAUGUCAGCAUUUGUAUUAGCCAAUAUUCCAGAGACACGAAAAUCUCUGAUAGGUGGCUCAGGUCACAAUUUGUAUGAUUUAGCUGCUGUAAUAGUUCAUCAUGGGUCGGGAGCUGGCUCUGGACACUAUACAUCAUUUGCUAAUCAUAGUGGACAGUGGUUCCAUUUCAAUGAUAGCACUGUACGAACAACAGAUGUAGAUACCGUUGCAGCAUGUAAACCAUACAUUUUGUUUUAUAUACGUAGAGAGUUGAAUUUGUCACUAAAUCAAGGAAUUCAAAAUGGGGAUAGUUCUUGAUAAAGAAAUGUGGUGUGUCACCAUAACUCACUUAAUUACAAUUUUAAAUUUUUAACUUUGAUAUUUUCUUUCAUUUCGAUGAUGAUUUAGUAUUGUAAAUAUUCAAAUUUUUGAUAAGUGAGAUUAUUAUCUAAAACUGAAUUUUUUGAAAUCUUUCCAGUACCAAGACAGAUUUGAAAACAUUUUUUUUUAAGUAUUUCUUGGGAUCAAUUUUACAUAGUUAAUUUUUUCCUUGAAAAAUUAAUUAUUUCAUGAUGAAAUGAAUUACAAUCCAGUGAGCAAUUAAGUUCAUUAUAGUACAGAAAAUUUUGUGAUAUUUUUAGAUUUCAUGUUCACGGUUUUUGUGGAUUACAAUUUG